AUGGGAAGCAAAAGAGAAAUCCAAAGUAUAAUUGUUUAUGAUUAUUCAGUGUAUACAGAAGCACUCAUCUGUCUUUAUUUUUAUUCUCAAGGUGAUUUUACAAUGGAUGGAAGAGCAGACUCAUUGGUGAUGACUGUGCAUCUUCUUGCCACCUCUGGACAUUCAUUACUCUUGCAGCAAACUCUUGAUCGGCUUCUGGGGUGGAUCUGUCUGGAUGUUCGCCUCUUCCUUGUAUCCGAACGUGUUACUCCAGUGAAGUAUUAUGAGAAAUAUCACCGGAAAAGCUCUGGAUUUCCUGGGAUGUCCAUUCUCCUUUUCCUGCAUGAGGACUUUGGGGAAGAACGGAUUUUUCGGGUCCAUGAUAUUUUCCAGCACCCUCCAUGGCAGGAUCACCACAUGCAACAUGCUAAUGGGAAACAGUACCCUUAUGCACCUGCUGGCCAGGAAUUUUAUGAUCUGGAUGAGCAUAUGCCUGUAUGGGGUGUACGGCAAGUUCAUUACGGCACUGAAAUUCUGCGCGUGACUCUCUACUGUAGCUUUGAUAACUAUGAUGAUGCAGUCAGACUUUACGAGAUGAUCCUACAGAAAGAAGCAACUAUGCAGAAGAGUAACUUCUGUGUCUUUGUGCUGUAUGCAACACAAACCGUUGCUGUUCAGCUCUGCUUGAAGCAGCUGCCCCCUGGGGUCUCUGUUGAACUGAAAGAAUCUUCCGUGUUGCAAUUCACGGUCCACGAAAUUGGGCAGCUGGUACCUCUUCUGCCUAAUCCAUGUAUUCCUAUCAGUAGCACCCGAUGGCAAACUCAGGACUACGAAGGAAACAAAAUCUUGCUUCAGGUUCAAGGCAACUCAAAACACAAUGAAAAAAAUGACGGACUUUCUAAUCAGCACAAUAAUGCAGGUGAAGAAAAGAUCCUACAGAAUUCCACGCUAGCCCCCUUUCCCACAAAGUGGGUUAAUCCAGAACAGGAAAGCCGGAAGAUCAGAAUGAUGAAGUGUAAAAUCAAAUCAGAACACAGAAUUAUUUCUGGGAGCGUUAGCAGCACCCCACAGAGUAACUCCUGCUCUUCAUCCCAGGCCAGCAGUCCAGCAGCUACUUCACGGUCUGAUACCACCUCUUUCAAUGUAAGUGCAGGAACUAAACUGAACAUCUCCAGCCAAGAAAUCCAUUUUCAAAGGCAAGAAGCAGAGACCAAUGUUGACACAGGAUUCACGGUAGUAAAUUCUGAAUGCAAUCCAUCUCCACUUAGCAGGUUUUCAAGGGACUUGCAGGACAGUCUUCCUCAACCACAAGCACCAAACUAUUCAUUAGCUGCUGCUGGCUCCAGAAUCAGCUUGCCUUCUGAGGAUAGAAUCCAUCUGUCGUUAUCUGCUGUCAAAAGAAAUAAAGGAGCUGGACAGACAGCUUCAAACUUUCACUUGCGAAUAUCAAAAGCAAACCAUGGAAAUGGAAAUGAAGAGGAGGAGGAAUUCUUUAUUUGA